AUGUCCUUGAGGUCUAUUCAGAGCCUCUACUCAGGGGCCAGAAUACCUAUUAGAACAUUUUCAUCUACUGUAAAUAGAUUCCAACAACAACCACCCCAACCAAGCUCUCAAGCACAAGCACAGGCACAAAACCAAGCACAAGGUCAAGCACAAGCACAGGCUCAGGCUCAGGCUCAGACGAAACCAAAAUUGGAUGGCGUUGAUGCCGUCUCAGGAAGACCCUUAAUCCCCAAUAAAAAGCAUGAAGAUCCACAAAAUAGCAAUAGUAAUGUAAGGAGUUUCUCAUAUCCUAUCCCAUCUGACUUAGGGUUACAAUUGCCUAAGAUGGAUGCGAGAUUAGAAAGAUUGAGAGUCGUUCCAAGUUUGCAAACUUUCUAUGGUGGUAACCCAGGCCAUGAUUAUACCAUGAACAGACUCAACCAGGUGGUAAGAAAGUACAUCAACUUACCAACCAAGGUUUCCGAUGCCAAGACUCAAAAAGAACAGAAGAGAUUUAUUAACUUCGAAGAGUAUAAAGAGAAGAUUGGCGGUGGUACCAGAUUGAAACCACUUCACCAUAAAGAUUUAACCACAGUUUUGCAAAGAUUGAGAUCCAUUGAACCUCAGUUGAUGCCUGAAGAAGUCCAGACCGUCUUGAAUGAGUUCACCUAUGUGGGAGGAUCGGAGUCUCAAAGGGCCAAGGUCUUGAAGACUUUAGAUGAAUUCGGUAGGAGUUUGUCUCAUGGUAGAAGAAAGACUUCUAAGGCUAGAGUCUACCUUGUUAAGGGAGAAGGAGAAAUCAUAAUUAACGGUAGAUCGUUCAUGGACUACUUCCCUUAUGACAAGCAUAGGUCCAGAAUUAACUACCCCUUCGUUACCGUUGCCCAAGAAGGUCAAUACAACGUAUUUGUAGAAGUUGUAGGUGGAGGUAUUGGUGGCCAGUGUGAAGCAAUCAUGUACGGUAUCGCAAAGGGUUUGAUCAUACAUAACCCAUUACUCAAGUCUAGAUUAAGCGCCGCCGGGCUCAUGACAAGAGAUGCUAGAAAGGUUGAAAGAAAGAAACCAGGUAAGCUUAAGGCAAGAAAGAUGCCAGCCUGGGUUAAACGUUAG